GUGUCCUCGGGAUGUGCUUUGGGUUGUUAUGGGGCCCCCCACGCGACGCGACGCAGGACGGUGUUGUCUGAGAACACAAGAAGGAGUGGGGUUCCAAAUCCAAAUUUGUCACAGCUCAGUCCUAAACGCAGCAUUUUGAACAAAGCCAAAACCACGCCGCCCAAGAGCAAGGUUGUCGGUGAUUUGCGGCGGGACGCUGCUGAAGCUGCUGCUGCUGCUGCCGCGAAACAGCGCAAUCCUGCGACGGGUGGGACGGCAAGGCGGACGCAAGUGGAAUCGACCUCAGAGCGAAACUCUGCGUCUGACUCGAUCGCCGAGCCGCAGGCGGUGCCGCCUCGCCAUCACAUCAAGAUACCAGUGUGCACGACGCGACCCGAGUACCGCGAAGGGCGUCGCGAAACUGCCGUCAAGGUGUAUACAAUCGCUGAUGAGUCCAAGUUCUUAUUGCUGCUUCGUGUUCCGGCGCUCAAGCUCGAGCAGCAACUUUGUGAUUUGGUGACUGCGCAAGGUCAAGUUGAGUCUCUGCGCCGACUUGACGAGUACCCCUGCGACCAGUUCCAAGAGGCGUUUCUCGCCAAGUUCACUCAGCUGCCUGUUGCCCGAGCCGCGAAGCGACAACUCGACGGCCACGUAUUCUUCGGAACGCCAUUGCAUGUAUGCUAUGCGCCCGAGUACGAAACGCUAGCAGAUUUGCGCGAAAAGUUUGACGAGCGCCGCCGCGCUGUUACCGCACGCUUGAAUGCUCAAGCCCAACCUGCUCCCAACCCGGCUGCUAGCUUGACGGCACCGUGGCAACCGACUUGGCUCGAUUGGCGCUGGCCUGCCUUCCCGCAGUAUCCCUCGACAGACCCUCCCCAUGCCAUCCACCAUCAACUAAUGUCUGCCCAGCAGGUGAGCGCUGGGCGUCGUCCCAUUCCUGGACCUACCACGCUUCCGCCCGACGAUGCGACACGCAAUCCGAUUGCGGCGCUCCUGCCUCGCCGUGAUCCCACUCAUCUACACACUGCACCACCUAAAGUGUCAGUCAAUUCAAGAAGCCAUUCAUCGUCGUUGGCCCAGAGUCUUGAUCCGAGCAGCGUACCGCCACUCCGUCCUGCUCCCAAAUCCGAGUCGCUUCAGCCAGUGCAGCAAGCACCCACGGCCAUCCCUUCCAAACGGCCGGCCGAAUCCGAGGCUGAUGCUAGCACGAGUACCUUGUCGUCUGAAAAUCCUGCUGUUAACGCGCCCACGGCUGUUCGCAAACGUCGGCGAAUAUGA